AUGGCCGACCAAGGGGAACAGCAGCGAGAACUCGUCUUCUGCCACGCCUGUCAAAAUGAAUGGCUGCGGGAUCAGCAUGGUCUGCAGUGCCCAGAAUGCCAUUCCGACGUUGUUGAGAUUAUCGACGAGCGUCACGAUCCACGCGACAAUCAUGUCGAUAUGAGCGAUGAUGACGAUGAUGACGACGAGGCCACUUUAACCAGCAAUGACAGCCUACCCCACCAUACUUUACAUCAUCACAAUCCCUGGCAAGCAGAAGCGCCAGAUCCCGAUGAGCCAGAUAUCGAGCAUGUCGAAUGGAAUCCUGCUCCGGGCGUGCACUUCGCUCGCACUUCCUAUCGGUCGUCUUCUCCUAUGGGUCGAGGUCAAGCCAAUGAUCCCUUCGCGCCCCUCUUUCAAAGCAUUUCCACCAUAUUUGAAGGCGCUGCAAAUGCAAAUGCAAAUGCCCAGGGCCGAACGCAAGCGAGGAACAUCCGGGCCAUACAGCAUCCAACUCAUAUUCACCGCCCAGAAUUCGCAUCUCAGAACCCCUUUCCUAACCACCAGCAUCACCACAUUCACCAUCAUCAUAGCCCAUGGACUCCCGGCUCUGGUCCGUCGGGCGGCCGACAGGCCUUCACAGCAACCGGCCGAAUAUGGCCUCAGAACGGUCCCAAUGCACCUCCGAACGACCGAAACAUAAACAAUCUCCACAGCGUGCUUGCCACAAUGCUACAAUCGGUGCAAGCUAGCAUGGUCGAUCCUCAUGGAGAUCGUGGCCAGCACGCUGGUAUGCCCAACCUUAACACAUUCAUCACACAAAUGCUCGGCGGCGUAUCUGGAGACGCCGUUUACAGCGAAGAAGCCCUCGACCGCAUAAUUACGCAGAUGAUGGAUCAGAACCAUCAAGGCAGCGCUCCGGGUCCAGCUUCGGCGGCAGCUAUAGCUGCGCUACCCAAAAAGCCAGCAGACAAGACUAUGAUGGGGUCAGACGGAAAAGCGGAAUGCUCAGUGUGUAUGGACGCCGUAGACGUUGGAGACGAAGUUACUGUUCUGCCGUGCAAUCAUUGGUUCCACGGAGACUGCGUGGGCGCUUGGCUUAAAGAGCACGACACUUGUCCCCACUGUCGAGCGGGCAUCAUGCCAAAGGAAGGCGGAGCCGACGCUCCACGGUCUCCAAGCCAGGCGCCACGGUAUACCCAGAAUCCGUUCCCGGAUAAUAAUUCGCCCAGUUCAGGUCCCUCCCCGAGCCAGAACGGCAUCAAUCAGCGACCCCCCAUGCCAGGCGCUUUCACCCAGCCAGGCAUGAAUCUGCCAUAUGUCCUCGGGGGUUUUCAGCGGUAUUCAGAACCACAAGCAUUUGUUCAGCCACGAGGACAACUUUCGCCACAGCCUUCGCAGCACAGUCAGAGGAGGAGAAACAACGCGAGGGGAAAUAGCAAUGACAAUGGCAACGGCAACGGCAAUGGCAACGGCAAUGGCAACGGCAGUGGGAAUGUUGGUGAAGGGAGCAGCGGGAGCAGCCAGGGAUCCGGUAUAACAGGCUGGUUCAGAAAUCUACGGGGAGGUGGCAGUGGUGGAGGUCGAUGA